AUGGGUAAGAUCAAAGCAUUGCUUGAGCGCUUCUCCAGUACGCACGAUCCAACUAUCUCUCGCAGUCGCGGCAUUAGUUUGAUUGCACAGAAGGCACACAAAGAGUUGGACGAUGACGGCCGUUCUGCCUUCCCGAUUGAGAUGCCAUCCGAAGAUUCAGGGGACUCCAAUGUUCAGUUUGUCGAGUUUCGAGAUUACCGGACAGAGAAGCUUUUGCAGGCUCCAUCCUGGGUCAAAGAAGCCGAAGCCCUGUUCUUGGCGGACCACCGCAAGGAUCGUUACAGUGCCGUGGUCGCGAAGGAACUGGCAGGUAAUUUCGCGGACAAAAUGGCUUCGAAACAGAAGAUCGAGAAUCUCGAGAGAAAGAACAGGCCCCUCGGAACGGUGAUCAAGAACAAAAAGGAAGAGGUUACAAGGCUCAAAAAUGAAAAGUUGGCGCUUCAGGCACAGGUAGACGCCAUCCCAGCCGAGUAUGUUCGUCUCGAGGCACGCCGGGAGCAAGUCAACCACGCAGCUGACGCAGCAAGACACGAAGCGACGAAGGUCGAAGAGGCAGCCAGGGACACACUUAAGCACGAAAAUAUGAGGCUUUCAGAAGACCUGGCGAGGAUCAAACGGGAGCGCGACGACUAUGAGGAAUGGAUCAAGGGUGCGCCACUCCCCAAGCGAGUAAAGACAGAAGAUGAAUCCUGA